AUGCACUUCACCAUGAAGACCUUUGGCGCGGCCCUGGCCCUGGCUGGUGCCUCACAGGCCGGGCCUGUUCUCGUUAAGAGACAGGAUGUGGGCUUCGGCCGUUUCAACGCUUCGAUCGAGGACUUUGGCGAGCACGCACACAGCGUUGCUCUGUCUCGGUUGGCUGCCAACUCCACGUGCACGGCUGAUAAGAUCUCAGUUCGGAAGUCAUGGCACAAUCUGAACCCUGAAGAGCGCGUGGCAUACACGGAUGCUGUUCUGUGCCUGCAGAGCAAGGAAGCCAAGACGCCAUCCAACCUUGCCGAAGGUGCCAAGACACGUUUCGACGACUGGAUUGUGACGCACAUCAAUCAGACAUUCACCAUCCACCAGACCGCCAACUUCCUUGGCUGGCACCGCUGGUUCAUCUGGGAGCAUGAGCAGGCCCUGCGCAACGAGUGCGGGUACGAGGGCACCCUCCCUUACUGGGACUGGGCGCGCACCGCCGAGGAAGGGCUCGCCAACAGCCCUCUCUUCGACGGCAGCGCAACCUCGCUGAGCGGCGACGGCGCCCCGCUGAACUACACGGCGGAUGACAAGGUCGUCAUCAACGCCCAGUUCGGCGCCGCCAUAGUAAACCUGCCCCCCGGUACCGGCGGCGGGUGUGUCACCUCGGGCCCCUUUGUCAACUACACCGUCAACCUGGGCCCCAGCGGCCUGGCGACCCUCAACGGCGCCACCGACAACUCAAGCUUCCCCUACAAGCACAACCCCCGCUGCCUCAAGCGCAGCCUGACGGACUACGCCAACCAGCGCUUCGCCAACUCCUCCAGCGUCCUCUCCCUGCUGCGCGAGCCCCAGGACAUCUACUCCUUCGAGCUGAUGAUGCAGGGCGACCCGCGGUACCCGGAGCUCGGCGUCCACGGCGGCGGCCACUUCUCCAUCGGCGGCGACCCCGGCCGCGACGUGUUCGUGAGCCCCGGCGACCCGGCCUUCUACCUGCACCACGCCGAGAUCGACCGCGUCUGGUGGCUGUGGCAGAUGCAGGACCCGGAGACCCGCAUCGCCGACUGGACGAGUGCUGUCAACGGCCCCUUGACGAUGGCGAACAUGACAGCGCCGUUCGGGAACGGCACCGCUCAGGAUGUCCAGGAGCUGGGCUUCAUCGCUGAGGGCAGGACCCACCUGCUCGGCGAGCUGCUCGACGCCUCUGCUAACGACUUCUGCUACGUCUACGUGUAG